AUGACGCCAGACCCCCCAUCGCGGCUGACACCGGCCCCCAGGGGACCAAGUGGGACAAGCACUCCGUACCACGGCUGCAACCCCAGGGAAGCCGGCGAUCAGCUCAGAGAGCGGCAGGGCUGGACUGUGUUUUGCUGUCUGCUCUGGUGGACACUCACCCACUGCUGCAUGAAACGGACAGAGCAGGUAUCGGAUAGCAGCGGAACUCCCCCUGUAUUUGAGGUCUCAGCAACACCACAACGACGGCUCCUCACUGAGGCAGCACUGGUAGUUCCUAACGGCCGGAGUGAAAACGGCAUUAAAGCGACAUCACAAGACCUAGCCUGA